CUGGAAGGGUCUGGUCAGUGGCCUUCUGUUGGGGCUGCUGGGGUGGUGACAGGCGACCCUUUUACUCUCUUUUUCUCAAAUUCCUCAGGUGUUUAAAUGGAAACUAUGAAGAAAGGUGAAGAUUCAGAGGAAGUGGAGAUUGAUCUUGGUGAUUCGAGUAACCCUGAAGAGUCAGAAGAUGGGGAGGAACCUCAGACGUUAUGGAGAGCCCAGCCCUCUCUGGAUGAGGAGGAGAACAUUCAUACCUCCACAAUGGUGGAAAUCAGUGAUACCAAACCUCUGAUUAAUUCAAGGGACCCACGAGGAAUUAAUGAUUGCCUGAAGGUGGGUUUUGAGGAUGUGAUAGCUGAGCCGCCAUCUGUACGUAGUGGAGACAGGGUGUGGAUCUGGAGCAAUGCCUUCUUUGAAGUGUCCAGGAUAUGGAUUUACAGGAUAGUCACUGUGAUUCUGACCAUUCCCAUGUCAGUUGUCUCUGGGCUUCUGUUUGCCAUCCUCAACUGUUUCCACAUUUGGAUGGUCCGCCCCUGCAUUCAUUGUGUCCUCAUUGGUACUCGCUGGCUACAGAGCUUCUGGAACAUCGUGCUGCAUGUUACUAUGGUCCCAUUCCUAACAAGCGCAGGAAAAUGUUGUGGAGGUUUAGGUAUACACCUGGCCAAAGAAUGACCUGAGAAGCAUUUUUAGACUGGAUUUGUUGAUGAUGUGGAAAGCAAAGCUCUCUUCAUGUGGACUAAAACAUGGAAAGCACUGACUUUUAAUUCUUUAAUAAAAAACAGAUAUAGGAUGUUUGGCAAGGGUAAUCAUUCCCCAUGCUGUAUUGGAACAUGUUUUAUUGGAUUUAACUAUAACUUUGUGUUAAUUAGUAAAUGCGGGAAAAAUGGGUUUUAAUGUUUUCUAAUAAAUGU